UUUGUGCCGAAAGAAAGAAAAGGCGCGCGAAGUGAGUGGAUGAGGCGAGUGUGUCCCGCGCGUUUCUAGCGGGCGUCAUGGCGGAGGGCGGCGUUGUGGCGGAGCUGCCUUUGGCAAGCCAGUGUUGGCGACUGAAGAGCUACGGACGCUGGGUACCUCGGCAGACAGGAGAGAAGACGUGGAAGAUGAUUGAAUCAAGUGAUGACCUUGGACCACUAACACUAACUAUAGUCCAGUCUGGGCAUUUCCUUGUAUGUCAGGGACAUACUCUAUUGGAAGGAUUUUCACUGAUUGAUGCUCCUUUCUUCCUGAAAGUGAUGCCAAAGUCUGACCAUCUCCUGUUCUCUGUGAAAAUUAAGAAUGAGUGCCGCAUGUUUCGAGUACAGUUUGAUGGAGCUAAUUUUCAGGAGGCUGUGGAGUUCAGCAGGGAUGUUUGCUUCAGGUUGCAACAAUAUACGGUUAUGGGUGUUAACAACAAGAUGCAAAAUGCUGAAGAUGUUAUAACUGGAUCAGAGGAACAGGACCUGCAGGGUAGGCUGCCCAUUUGUUGUCUGGCACAGUCUUUCUUAGAAGGGGUGAAGUUGUCACUUCCUUUGGCCUACCAGCAUUCCACACUGCAAGCAGAAGACCUUGGGGCUUUCCUUCGUCUGUGUCUACUGGACCACCGUUUCCCAGCAUUUGUGGAGCAGGUAGAAAGUGAACUGCAGAAAAUAGUUCAUGAAUGACUCUGCUUCAUCUUUUUGUUGUAAGAUGUCCUCAGUAAAAUGUUUUCAAGGGCAGACAGUGGUCAUUUACAGUAAAACGUGUGCAGAUGAUAUGCAUUGAUAAUUCAUUCCCAUCCAUUUAAUUCUGCUUAAUGUUCCUAGUAUAGAUCCUAAUUUGGCAUAUUCAUUUACAUGUUAGGUUCUCAAAGAAAAUGACUUGUGUGUAAUUGGAACAAAACUUCUCAGUCAUCAAGUAACUUAAAAAAACAGGCAAAGAAAAACAAAAAAGUACUUAUGUGGAGUUUUUAUUUUCAAAAAUGAUUAGUUCCACGUGGCAUAAAGCAGCCUGAGCCCAGCCCCCGCUGGUCCCAACUUCACUGCAACACACAAAGAAUCAGAAUGUUCAUGCAUCAAUAGCAGUGCUUUACAAUGGCAGCAGUUCACAACAUUAAAGC